UGACCCAGACUUACGUGUAUGAUGAGUGCAUCUUUCUCGCUUUCUCUAGAAUCAUCCUCUGGUCUGGUCUCCAUCGCUCAUCUUCUUGUCAUAUUUCUAGUUUCUUAUCGCUGUUCCAAGAAUCAUAUGCAAGGCUAAGUUGCAUAGCUUCGUAUUUGAUCUAAGUUUUGAACUCGUUUGAUCAAAAGAGUGCAACUAUUAUUUGUUUAGACAAGUCGACGCUAAAAGAGUGUUAGAUCAUUACUUAAAAGAAAAUGGGAAUCAUCGAAAGGAUUAAAGAAAUUGAAGCCGAGAUGGCUCGGACACAGAAGAACAAAGCUACAGAGUAUCAUCUUGGCCAGCUCAAGGCAAAGAUUGCAAAGCUCAGAACACAACUGUUAGAGCCUCCCAAAGGUUCAAGUGGAGGUGGAGAUGGUUUUGAAGUUACAAAGUAUGGUCAUGGACGUGUUGCACUUAUUGGCUUCCCAAGUGUUGGAAAGUCCACGCUCUUGACGAUGUUAACUGGCACACAUUCCGAAGCAGCCUCAUAUGAAUUCACAACGCUUACAUGCAUCCCUGGAGUCAUUCGCUACAAUGACACCAAGAUUCAGCUGCUUGAUCUUCCUGGGAUUAUUGAAGGUGCUUCUGAAGGAAAGGGGCGAGGGAGGCAGGUUAUUGCUGUUGCAAAGUCCUCUGACCUUGUGUUGAUGGUUCUUGAUGCCUCCAAAAGUGAAGGUCACAGGCAGAUUCUGACUAAGGAACUUGAAGCAGUGGGUUUGCGUUUAAACAAAAGACCUCCACAGAUAUACUUUAAGAAGAAGAAGACUGGUGGAAUCUCUUUCAACACUACAGCACCGUUGACUCGCAUUGAUGAGAAGCUCUGUUAUCAGAUUCUGCAUGAAUACAAGAUUCACAAUGCUGAGGUUUUAUUCCGUGAGGAUGCUACGGUGGAUGACUUUAUAGAUGUCAUUGAAGGCAACCGCAAAUAUAUAAAGUGUGUGUAUGUCUACAACAAGAUAGAUGUUGUUGGAAUCGAUGACGUGGAUAGGCUAGCAAGACAGCCAAACUCCAUUGUUAUUAGCUGCAAUCUAAAGCUAAACUUAGAUAGACUACUUGCAAGAAUGUGGGAGGAAAUGGGACUUGUGAGAGUUUACACAAAGCCUCAGGGCCAGCAACCAGAUUUUGAUGAGCCCUUUGUCCUCUCAGCUGACAGAGGUGGAUGCACAGUUGAAGAUUUUUGUAACCACGUCCACAAGACUCUGGUGAAAGAUAUGAAGUAUGCACUGGUUUGGGGCAGAAGCGCAAGGCACUACCCUCAACACUGUGGUCUUUCUCACCGUCUUGAGGAUGAAGAUGUUGUUCAAAUCGUCAAGAAAAAGGAGAGAGAGGAAGGUGGUAGGGGGAGGUUCAAGACCCACUCAAACGCACCUGCAAGAAUUGCAGACAGAGAGAAGAAAGCUCCACUUAAGCAAUAAGACACACUUGAUCAUUCUGAAUGAUCUCCUAUAAGACUUCAUAUGUAUUGUAUUUUUGUAUGUGAACAUAUUUGCAAAAAUAAUAUUAAA